UGACUGAGAGAAAAGCAAGACACCAGUUUGUUAGAGCAGUAACAGUGAAGACUGGGGCCAGCGUUGUAUGAAGGACCUGAUCUGCGUUAGUACAUUUUGGUGUUUUUUUUGUGUCUGUGUUAAACAUUUGUAAACGCAAUGGGGACUGUUACAAACUUUUUCCUCUGCAGCUUUGUGGUGGUUAUGGCUCAGGGUGAGGUGAAGUUACAGCCGGACAGACCCUUUCUGAAGGUACUGCACAAUGGCCGAGCUGAGCUGGAGUGCUGCUACAAUGCGACCAAGUUACUGGAUUUUACUUGGUACAUACGAGUUCAAGCUGAAAACAUAACCCUGGAUCCAACAAUUGUGAAUAUUUCAGAACUCGUGACUGCAAGAACCAAAAAAACGAAAGACGGACACUGCAGCAUCUUAACCUUCAGCUCAGUCCAGCUGAAUGACACAGGGCUGUACCUUUGUUGGCUGAACAAUAGUAACAUCAACCUCUUUACAUAUGGCACCUACCUGCAUGUCUACAAACCACUGGAGAAGACAUUAAACCUCAGCGAAAACACCAAAAACAAGAUCCUGACAGCUGAGGGAAUCUUGCUGUUCCUGUGUGUGCUUCUGCCUGCUGCCACCCUUAUCUGCCAGUCAAAGAAACUAAGCGAACUGGAGAAGAAGAAAGUGAAGAGGGAAGAGGAAAACAUAUAUCAGGGGCUAAAUCUGGACGAUUGCUGUGAAACGUAUGAACAGAUCGAACGCGCGCUGGCACAUGGCCCGUACCAGGAUGUGUGCAACAUUAAGGAGGAAGAGGAGGAGAUCCAGCUGGAGAAACCUUGAAGGAAAUGGGAAAGACAGGAAAAGUGAAGGAAGAAGGGGAGAGUGCUGACUGUUUUUUAAUAGCUGAAGUUUAAGUGUGUGAUUUCUGAAUAUAAGUUUUUAUUUUUUAAUAUGCAAUUUGGAAUUUGGAGUUUUGUACAUAGCCUGCAGUUGAAAGUUUUAAGCAUGUGACAGCAUAAUGUUUGAUCAGCUUCUUUGACUAGAGAUUGAACAUUUAUUUUAGGCCUUGGACACAGCAGUUGACAAAUCAGUCUCACCAUAGUGUAUGCUCAGUCAGGACCGUAGCCAGGAUCCUAGAAAUACUGAGUUCAGAAGUCCAGAAAGCCCCUCCCGUUGAGAUCAUUUUGAAGAGGCCUAUUUUCUACGUUUGAUUAAUUCAGUUGUAUGUUACAUAUUUGUCAAAAAUGUAUAAGCAUUUAAAAACAUUUAAGUGUGCUGUCUACUCCAAGAUUUCUUGAUUUUUCUUGCCAUAACAUUGCCAAAUUUAAGGAAAGAGUCUAAGAAAUAAUGGUAUCUGACCUUUAGAAAUGAUGAUGAUGUUCAGAGCUUUGAAACAUAACAAGACAGAAGUCCUUGAUGUGUGCAAAAAAAGGUAAACUCUACUAUUCCAUGACAACUCGAUGUGCUGAGGAAGAUUGUGUGACGCGAUUGAAAGCUCCAGAACAGCUUCUGAGUGAUGGUGAGAUUGUUUUGUCAUGUUAUCCGCUCCUCCUUUAAUGUUUGUUUUAAAAAAAAUCGAUAUGCAUUUCUUCUAUUAUUGCUUGAUGAUUUGUCACAAUUUAUUUACCUUCUGCCAUUUUUGUGAGUGAAGAAUAAAGUUCUGU